CAUGUUGAGUAUUACAAGAGAAGUAUUAGUAUGUAUGUCUUUCUUCAAUGCGUAUGCGCUCCAAUGCUGUAUAUGUAUGUGAUUGCCCAAAUGACACACGUCCCGUAUGAGAAAUCCAGCAACGUCAAUGAGAUUGUAUUUGAUUUAUCAAUCGAGUAUUGAAAAAGCAAAAUUCACACAAAAAUAUAUAAAAUUGAAAAAGUAAGCGAAAUAUUAAAACCACUACAAUAAAAUAGCAAUGUAAUAGUGACAACAAAGACCCUAAAUAAAUAGAUACUCUCUACUUUGGAAAAUAUAGAAUUUGCGACUGAGCCAAAUCUGCUAUCUCUCAGUGUGUGAAGAUUCCAUUUUAUUUAACAUUGAAACAUAUCGAUACAAAAAUUCAACGUAUAGGCGAACUAUAACUCUAGUUUUCUCUCUCAUAUUUUUUGCUACUCAAUACGGUCUACACAUAAUAUUCGAUGUCAUUUUGGUGUAUUAUGUUUUUUCUUUCUCGAUUCAUAUAAAAUAUCACGAAACAAGUAAAUACACAAAUCUUGAAUCUUAGUGUCUUAUUGUUUAUGCUUAUGUGGCCAAUUUGAAUUAUUUUCCUUUCGAACAUUCGAUUUUCUUAUUAUGGAUCCAUCCAGCCAAUAGCAUCCACUAAAUAAGAUUGACUGAUUGAUAUUGAAAUUUCAAUUUGUGGGGAAGAACAAAUAUUUUUUUUAAAUUGUUUUAUUACAAAUAAUCGAGCAAAGAGAAAGCAAAACAAUGAGUGAUGAACGUUCCAUGAUUAAUUCACCAUUAGUAGAGUCGUCUGGGUCACUGAACAGUAAUACUUCUAAUGGAAAUUGCAUAAACAACCAGCAAACGCCUCAAACACCAACGACAAGUGGAAGUAACAAUAGCGGCUGUGGUGGCAUUACCAUUCAAACUACGUUACCAGGUAGCAGUAGCUUUAGUGUUGGAACAAAAGCAAAUCAAUCGAUCAUCUGCGAUGCACCAGUUACCGAUCCACAAGCAGGCAACACCACCAAGCAGGAAACCAAAUCAGGGGCACUAAAAAAAACGAGCCGUUAUCGUAGCCGAAGCUUGUCGGCAUCAUCGACCGAUUCAUUCAGUUCGGCUUCGUACACUGGCAGUAGUUCUGAGGAUGAUGAUAUUUCUCCGCGUGAAAAAACUCAGCUAAAUUCAAAGGGAAGUUAUGACUUUUGCGUACGAAGUAUUAAUCAACAUGCCUUUGGACGUCGUGAAAUUGACAUUGCUGAACAAGAAAUGCCUGGCAUUAUGGCAUUACGCAAACGUGCUCGUGAUGAUAAACCUUUGAAAAAUGCAAAAAUUGUAGGUUGUACACAUAUAAAUGCACAAACUGCCGUUUUAAUUGAGACACUUGUCGAACUUGGUGCCUCGGUUAGAUGGGCCGCAUGCAAUAUAUACUCAACACAGAAUGAAGUUGCUGCUGCUUUGGCUGAAGGUGGCUUUCCAAUUUUUGCAUGGCGUGGCGAAACUGAAGAGGAUUUCUGGUGGUGUAUUGACAAAUGUGUUAAUGCCGAAAAUUGGCAACCGAACAUGAUUUUAGAUGAUGGAGGUGAUGCAACACAUUUAAUGUUAAAAAAAUAUCCGGCCAUUUUCAAGUUGGUAAAAGGAAUUGUUGAAGAGAGCGUAACUGGUGUCCAUCGUUUAUAUCAAUUAUCAAAAGCCGGUAAAUUGACGGUACCGGCCAUGAAUGUCAAUGAUUCAGUUACAAAAACAAAAUUCGAUAAUUUGUACAGCUGCAAAGAGAGUAUCAUCGACAGUUUAAAACGAUCGACGGAUGUGAUGUUUGGUGGUAAGCAAAUAGUAAUCUGUGGUUACGGUGAAGUGGGAAAAGGAUGCGCACAAGCUUUAAAAGGUCUUGGUUGUAUAGUCUAUAUAACGGAAAUUGAUCCGAUUUGUGCAUUACAAGCGAGUAUGGAUGGUUUUCGUGUGGUUAAAUUGAACGAAGUUGUUCGAGUGGUGGAUAUUGUUGUGUCGGCAACUGGUAACAAAAAUGUGGUUACACGCGACCAUAUGGAUAAAAUGAAAAAUGGUUGUAUUGUAUGCAAUAUGGGACAUUCAAAUACGGAAAUUGAUGUGAACAGCUUACGCACGUCGGAAUUGAUAUGGGAAAAAGUUCGGUCACAAGUUGAUCAUAUCAUUUGGCCAGAUAAAAAACGAAUUAUUUUGUUGGCUGAAGGACGACUAGUAAAUUUAUCAUGUUCGAGCAUACCUUCGUUUGUGGUUUCGGUUACAUCAGCUACACAAGCAUUAGCUCUAAUCGAAUUAUUUAAUGCGCCAGCCGGACGAUAUAAAUCCGACGUUUAUUUAUUGCCAAAAAAAAUGGACGAAUAUGUGGCCAGUCUACACUUGCCAACGUUCGACGCGCAUUUGACGGAGCUCAGUGACGAACAAGCCAAGUACAUGGGCUUAAACAAAGCUGGCCCCUUCAAACCUAAUUACUACAGGUACUAAUCGAUCUUGUUCCAGCCGAAUAAAUCAACGGCACAUGCAAAUUUUUGUUCAAAUCGAUAUUUCGUCAACUUUCUAGUAAAAGCGUGCAUGUCUAGCUUAAAUUCUUUGUUGUAUGCAAAAUUGUUGAAAAUAAGGAUAUAAAAGAAAUUUGUAAGAAACUAAAAAAAUCAAACUGCAAGAAAAAGAGCCCAUUCAACCAUAAAUAAACAAGUACAUAAUUCUCCUCAACCUUAUGACAUCAACUGCAUUAAUGAAAUAAAACCUAUUUAUAUAAUUUUUUAUA